AUGCGGCUUUCAGGUGCCGCGACGGGGCUGAGCUUAUUAUGUGCUGCUACCGCUUCCCUCCAUCCUCGUCGCUCGUAUGAAACCCGCGAUUACUUCGCCUUACACCUCGAUGCAGCGACUUCUCCGGCGGAUAUUGCUGAACGCCUAGGCGCCCGCCAUGAAGGUCAGAUUGGCGAGCUUGACGGCCAUCAUACAUUUUCUCUCCCUAGAGAGAGCGGUGACGACCUCAAUGAGCUGCUGGACGAUCUACAAACCAAGAGGAAGCUCCGCCGACGUGGUGAUGCCGCUGGCCACCUCGAGAAAAAAGACGAGGGUCUAGUUGGUAUUCUCUGGUCCCAGAAAUUGGCUCCUAAACAAAGGCUACAGAAAAGAACGCCGCCGCCCGAAAAUUUCGCGAGAGAGAGUUCUGAGACACCGGAGAACGCGGAAGCUGUUCAAGCUCGAAGUGAGCUUAUAUCUACUCUUGGCAUCGCGGAUCCAAUCUUCGAUGCACAAUGGCAUCUAUUCAACACCAAGGAAAUUGGGCAUGACAUGAAUGUAUCGGGAAUAUGGCUUGAAGGCAUUACAGGCAAGGGCGCUACUUCAGCGGUUGUCGAUGAUGGUUUGGAUAUGUACAGCAACGACUUGAGCCCCAAUUACUUUCCCGAGGGCUCCUAUGACUUCAACGAUCACACUCCGGAACCUAGACCUCGCCUGCGCGACGAUAGACAUGGUACUAGAUGCGCCGGAGAGAUUGCUGCAGCAAGAAACGAUGUAUGUGGUGUGGGUGUCGCAUACGACAGCCGAGUUUCCGGAAUCCGGAUUCUGUCGGGCGCUAUUGACGACACCGACGAGGCGAGCGCCAUCAACUAUGCGUAUCAGAAAAAUGAUAUUUACUCGUGUUCUUGGGGUCCCCCUGAUGAUGGUGCUACCAUGGAAGCGCCGGGGGUGCUCAUCAAACGAGCAAUGGUUAAUGGUGUCCAAAAAGGACGAGAUGGAAAGGGAUCGAUUUUUGUUUUCGCUGCUGGGAACGGCGCACCCUCUGGUGAUAACUGCAAUUUUGACGGCUAUACCAACAGCAUUUACAGUAUAACGGUUGGCGCCAUUGACCGGGAGGGCAAGCAUGCGUCUUAUUCGGAGUCUUGUUCCGCCCAAUUGGUUGUCGCUUACAGCAGUGGAUCGAGCGACUCAAUCCAUACGACCGAUGUCGGCACUGACAAAUGUUAUUCCAUGCACGGCGGAACAUCGGCUGCUGGUCCAUUAGUUGUGGGAGCUAUGGCCCUCGUGCUGAGUGUUCGUCCGGAACUUACAUGGCGCGACGCCCAGUAUCUCAUGGUUGAAACGGCAGUACCAGUUCACGAAGAUGAUGGGAGCUGGCAGAUGACCAAGUCCGGGCAAAAAUUCAGCCACGAUUGGGGAUUUGGAAAGGUCGACAUCUACAGCCUGGUGCAGAAAGCCAAGACGUGGGAAAUGGUGAAGCCGCAGGCUUGGUACCAUUCCCCGUGGUUGAGGGUACAGCACGAGGUUCCGCAGGGUGAUAAGGGACUUGCUGCCUCGUGGCAGGUGAGCGAGAAAAUGAUGAAGGACGCCAACAUUGGAAGACUGGAACAUGUUACUGUGACUAUGAACGUGAACCAUACCCGCCGUGGUGAUCUCAGCGUAGAACUACGAAGCCCCGAAGGUGUUGUCAGCCAUCUGAGCACGGCCAGAAGGUACGACGACGCUGAGGUCGGAUACGUUGACUGGACUUUUAUGACAGUUGCCCACUGGGGUGAGUCGGGUAUCGGAACGUGGACAGUCAUUGUCAAGGAUGCCGAAGUUAAUGACAACGUUGGAGAGUUCCUCGAUUGGCGGCUCAACCUCUGGGGUGAGGCAGCUGAUGGAUCUAAGCAGAAAUUGCACCCGCUUCCAGACGAGCAUGACGAUGAUCACACUAUUGAAGACUCCAUUGUCGUUACAACCAGCGUCGAGCCAGCACCAGCACCAACAGAGCCCGCAGAUAAGCCCUCGCACACAGUUGAUCGCCCUGUAAACACCAAGCCUACUCCGACAAAUUCCGAGGCAUCCGGAAGCACAACACCGACCCCGUCCCCGGUGUCAGACAGUUUCCUUCCAUCUUUCUUCCCAACCUUUGGCGCCUCCAAGCACGCGCAAGUGUGGAUCUACACUGCGAUCGGAUCAAUUAUCGUUUUCUGCAUCGGGCUCGGAGUCUAUUUCCAGGUCCAGCGACGCAGACGUCUUCGCAACGAUCGUGACGACUAUGACUUCGAGAUGAUCGAGGAUGAGGAUGAGACCAAGGCUAUGAAUGGUUCCUCGACGCGUCGUCGCGGUGGAGAGUUGUAUAACGCCUUUGCCGGAGAGAGCGAAGAAGAGCCUCUGUUUAGCGAUGAGGAUGAUGACGAAGAGCCCUACAGGGACCAGGCAAACAGUCCCAACCCCAGGGGAAGCGGCAGUGCAGACUUGGAUAAUACCCGCAGAGAUCGCACCUAG